UUCACACAUCCUUUUUGCCAUCCUCGUUCUGUACCACUUCCCACUGUUAGUGUCACUUUUGGCAGUCCGUGAAGAUGCGAUACAUAAAAAUACUAAGUUUUUGUUGGGUAUUUGUAUCCUUAUAAUUUAUUAACUGUUAAAUUUUUUUUAUUUCAUCAUAAGUUGCCUUGCAUCCCCUUAAGCCGCCCCUAAAGGCCAAAGCUCAUUCUCAAAUCUCAAUGAUGUUGCUUUGAACUUUGAAGUUGAAUAAGAAAGUACCUACCUGUAUGCAGCUGAAUUAAAUUUUUUAGUUUUUCCUGUUAGUUUCUUAUUUGUAUGGAUUAAUUAUAAUAUUUGCAAAUUGAAAAAAGUCAAAAUGGAGGAAGAAGAAGAAGAGAAAAUAAUGCCCCUGAGGCCAGAUCUGCAAGGACCAUUGGAAAUCCCUCCCAAUGAACACCGUCUUCAGUAUGUGUGGAAUUUAUGGUACAGCAACCGCAGCACAAAAAGGAAUUAUGACCAAAACCUUAGACAAAUUUGCAGGUUUGGAACUGUAGAAGGAUUUUGGCGCUGUUAUCAGUGGCUGAAGCGACCAUCAUACCUCAGCCUCCAAUCUAUUUAUCAUCUUUUCAAAGAGGGCAUCAAGCCCAUGUGGGAGUUCCCUAGCAACAUAAAUGGAGGCACAUGGAAGCUGUGGGUGCGCAAGGGUGUCAUCGACAGAUGCUGGGAGAAUCUUCUCCUUGCCGUCGUUGGUGAACAGUUUGAUGUUGGUGAUGAGAUUUGCGGCAUUGUUGUUUGCGUCCGUAAUCAAGAGGAUACUCUCUCCAUCUGGAACAAGACGGCGUCAGACCAGCGUUUAGUGGAGGGCAUCCGCAAGAAGCUGGUCGAAGUGCUGCAGCUGCCCAGCAACACGCUCAUGGAGUACAAGAGCCACACGCAAGCAAUGAAGGAAACGUUCCCUGGUCACAAGACCUUCCCUCAGAAACAUCUAUGAUGAACCUGCGCUUGUAUCAACAUACACGCGCCUAUCAUGUUCACGUCCACGUCACAAUCAUGUUCACGUUCACGUCACAAUCAUGUUCACGUCCACGUCAUUAUCAUGUUCACGUCCACGUCAUUACCAUGUUCACGUCCACCUAAUUAUCAUGUUCACGUCCACGUCACAAUCAUGAUCAUGUUCACGUCAUAAUCAUGUUCACGUCCACGCCAAAAUCAUGUUCACGUCGCAAUCGUAACAACAACCACGCCAAAAUCAUGUUCACGUCCUCCACUCCAAAAUCAUGUUCACAGAUGCUACGUUUCAAAAGCCCCGCUAAGGAAGCAUUAACUGUUUCUGUUUGUUUUCGAUAACGUCAGCUUUAAAUUAAAUAAAUGCCGCCUGCCGCGUUCCUGAAAUUUAUGGAGUUGCUACUAAAAUACCAAUAAUUACUUGCUUAAUUGGCUGCAUCGUAUUCACAGACUUUGUUUCGAUUUUAUUGCGUGUCCUAGCCUUUGUAUAGAGAGAGCAUAGGAAUUUGAGUCAAAGCUUUUGUUUACCAGUCAAUAUUAGUUCGGUCAUUAUAGAUCCCAAAGUGCUCGCAUUGGCCUUCAAGUUUUGAUGCUCAAUUUAUAUGCUUGUAGUUUGAUCCCCAUGCUGUUCAAUGACAAUAAGUGUAUUCUGUAGAUUUUUCCGUCAAAUUGGAAAUUUUCAAUGUGUUCUCUUAUAUCUUAUCUACAACUGAUUUCAACUCUAAUACUUCAAAAAAAAAUCUUGUUUUUACACGACCAAUCUUCUUUCAUAACUUGCAGAGUGGCUGAUGCUCGCUUCUGGAUGAGAAGGACUGUAGAUUGGAAUCUCUAGGCAAAAGUUGCUUCGGUUUGAAUCUCGUGAGGAAGUUCAUCGUGUCACUAGUUAUUUAGUUAUUUAAGAAAAAAUCUGAUUAUUAUGAUGCUUGAGCAAGAAAUGUAAUGAAUUUUAGACCCGUAGUCUUGUUUUGGUUGUUUGCUUGAAACAACUUUACAAGGUUAUAGUCCUCUUAAAUACUUGGAAUGCUACAAUGAAUGAGCAACAUAUUUCUUUGAGUGAUGAGUAACUGUCAUCACCAAGAAUACUUGUUAUUUCCUGCGAGACAAAACCUGACAUCUUGAUCGUCUUCUGUUCCUCUGACAUCUUGAUCGUCUUCUGUUCCUCUGACAUCUUGAUCGUCUCCUGUUCCUCUGACAUCUUGAUCGUCUCCUGUUCCUCUGACAUCUUGAUCGUCUCCUGUUCCUCUGCCAUCUUGAUCGUCUCCUGUUCCUCUGACAUCUUGAUCGUCUCCUGUUCCUCUGACAUCUUGAUUGUCUCCUGUUCCUCGGACAUUUAGAUCGUAUUCUGUUCCCCUGUCAUUCACUAAAAGAUAGCGUACGGCGAUCUGUUUUUCCUGAAACUAGCGUAAGGCUGAGUUAGUCAACGAUGCGACGCAUUAGUUCUACAAGCUCUCGGCCAUUCAUUAAUGUCCCCCAUAAGUUGGCAUUCUAAAUUGAGGAUUUUUAGAAUUAGUAUUGACUUCAUCUUGGUUAUUUAUUUUAUAUUCACGUUUAAAACGCAUUUAAUCGUGCUUGCAAAAGUUUGGCGUCUUAACUUUGCUGGGUUCUGAGCCUUUUACCUGUUUUUACAAUGCAUGAAAGUUAAUUCGGUGCUCUGCGAGACUUGCUCUACUAGUGUCCUGCCAUCCUAAUUAAGAAUUGUACGUAGAUUUCAUUGUUGAUGCUUGACACUUGAAUGGCAGAGCGCGUUAGCGUGACAUUCUCUCUGAUAAUGAGGCAACUAUAUCUUUGUAAUGAUGUUUGUCUUUGCAGUUUGUGAAUUACCUCAAACGGUAUUUAGUUUACUUCUCAUGACAUUUUGUUUACCUCAAACAGUAUUUAAUUUACAUCUUACGACAUUUUGUUCACCUCAAACGGUAUUUAGUUUACAUCUUACGACAUUUUCUUUACCUCAAACGGUAUUUAGUUUACAUCUUACGACAUUUUUUUUUACCUCAAACGGUAUUUAGUGUACAUCUCACGACAUUUUGUUUACUUCAAACGGUAUUUAAUUUACA